AUGACAGUUCACUACAAAAAUCUUGAUAAGAACUUCAUUGUCACAGUUUUGCCAAGUACCCAAAAUUCAUUAAAGUCUGGAUUUCAAUGUAUUUGUAAUAUAUUUAAAUCCAAUAUUAAAUCACAUCUAUCAGCAGCAAUUAACGCAUGUUAUCAAAAAGUUUUGGAAAUGAGAACAGAAUACUCUGGCUUAGCUGUUAUAGGUUUUGAAAAUGAAGAUAUUAUUCAACAACUGACCACUGAUAUAGAAUUUUUUCCAAUAUUUCUUCGCAAUAAAAAAUUUAAUAUGAUGAUAACAAAUAUUAGUGAUCUUGACAAAAAUAAAUUCUAUAGGGUCAGUACUGGUUUCGUCUCUUCAUUUACUAUACGUUAUCACAGCACACAAUAUCUAUUUGUUCUUAGAAUUGAAGAAAAUCAGUGUAGUUUAAAAAUUUAUUCAGAAUCAGUGUGUAUAAAUCAUAUCAUAGGACAAACACCAGAUGAAGCUUGGAAUAAAGCAGAAUUAUAUAAAAAAUAUACCGGAUCAUAUCUUUUUGGAAUUAUGAACCUAUUAGUUCGGGAAC